AUGGUUGCCCGUUACGCCUCGAUCGCCGCUGCCCUCGCGGCAGGCGCAACCGCCCUCUCGGUUCCCCGCGACGAGUCCAGCUCCGGUUCGACUCCCGGCGUCCUCUCGUUGCCCGUGUACCAGGAUAUCAGACUGCACCCGCUUGAGAAGCUUCGGAGGAGAGCCGUUUCGGACACGGAUGUUCCAGUUAUUAACGUUACCUCGACGACGUACUUGAUUGAGCUGGACAUUGGAACUCCGGGCCAGGAUACCAAGGUCGCCCUUGACACUGGCUCCUCGGAGCUGUGGGUGAACCCCAACUGCCAGAAGGCCGGCAGCACCCAGCAGGCUCAGUCGUGCCGCGCCAACGGUCAAUACGAUCCCGACAACUCCAGAACCUCGGUUGUCUACCAGAACACCGGCCGCAUCAAGUACGGCAAGGGAGAAGUCGCGCUGCAAUAUGUCGCCGAUAACAUCACUCUGCCUGGCAGUGACAUCGACCUUUCUCAGGUCAUCUUCGGCUAUGCUACCGACAGUGUCGACCUUAACAGGGGUAUUCUCGGUCUCAGCUUCGGAGAGAACAAGAACAACACCGGCUACCCUACCGUUGUGGAGGAGAUGAAGGCUCAGAACGUUAUCGAGUCCUUGACUAUGGGUAUUGCGCUCGGAACCAAGGAUGAGCCCACCGGCAGCGGUCUCAUCUCCUUCGGCGGUGUCGACACCAAGAAGUUCAGUGGCAACUUGCACUCCGCCCCCAUCCUGGGCCCCCAGAACGGCGAGAGCUUGUGGAGAUACUGGGUCCAGCUCGACAGCAUCGCGCUGAGCAAGUCUGGCAGCAGCAAGACGACCUACUCCAACUCGCAGUUCCCCGUCUUCUUCGACACCGGUGCUACGCUCAGCUACUUCCCCUCGGCUGUCGUCGACUCCCUUGGUUCGGAUCUCGGUGGUCGCCUCGACUCAUCUGUCAAUAUGUACGUCGUUCCGUGCGGCACCUCGGGUACGAUCGACUUCACCUUUGGCGGCUUCACCCUCCAGGUGCCUAUUUCCGAGUUCAUUUGGGAGGUUUCUGACAACGCCUGUGUCCUCGGAGCCGACAAGGCCAGCGAUGGCUCUUACCUUCUGGGUGACUCAUUCCUGCGCUCAGCAUACGUCGUUUUCGACCAGGAGACGCCUGCCCUGCACUUUGCUCCCUACGUCAACUGCGGCACCAACCUGCAGAAGAUUCCCCUUGGCGCCAACGCCGCGGCCAAGUUCAGUGGAGAGUGCACAGCCAGCAACAGCAGCAGUGGCAGUGGCAACAGCAAGAACGCAGCCGGCCGUGCCUCGGUCAGCAGCCUCUGGCCUGUGGCUGGCGCGCUGAUGGCUGUGCAGGUCUUCAUGUCUUUCCUUUAA